AUGCAGAGCAUCCUUGUGACAAAAACCCUAGCUUACUCUUCUCAAACACCACUUCCGUCUUCAUCUGCGCCUCCGCCUCCGCCUCCUCCUCCACCACAAACCCUAGCUUCUGACGAUCCGAACCCGAAUACUGUACCCGAACCCCAAAUACAAAACUCGAAUCAACCUCCCCGGGAUCAUAGCAAUGGCGGUGUUUACGUCACCCAGACUAGCGCAGAAAAGGAUAAUUCCGGCGUCGAAGAGGGCACAACGAGUAGCCGACGGCGGCGGCGCAGCCGGUGGGACCCUCUCCCGGACUCUGAGGCGGAGAAUGGCGACACGAAUAAUGGGCCGAAGAAGCGUAAGUCCCGAUGGGCAGACGAUGAGCCCCAACCAGCCUUUCAGCUGCCAGAUUUUAUGAAAGACUUCAUUGGUAUGGACAUUGACCCCGAAAUUCAAGCUUUGAAUGCUAGACUUCUUGAAAUUAGUCGUAUGUUGCAAUCGAACUUGCCUUUAGAUGAUCGUCCCGAGGGCGCUAGAUCGCCAUCACCCGAACCUAUAUAUGAUAACUUGGGAAUUCGAGUGAACACUAGAGAGUAUAGAGCCAGAGAACGACUUAAUAGAGAAAGACAGGAGAUAAUUUCGCAGAUAAUUAAACGAAAUCCGGCAUUUAAGCCACCCGCGGAUUAUAGGCCACCAAAGCUUCAAAAGAAGUUAUAUAUACCAAUGAAAGAAUACCCAGGUUACAAUUUUAUUGGAUUGAUAAUUGGGCCGAGGGGGAACACGCAAAAGAGGAUGGAAAAGGAAACGGGUGCCAAGAUUGUGAUUCGGGGUAAGGGGUCAAUUAAAGAAGGUAGGAUAGGGCAGAAAAAGGAUUUGAAGUUUGAUCCGGGAGAAAAUGAGGAUUUGCAUGUGUUGGUGGAAGCAGAGACGCAGGAGGCGCUUGAUGCUGCUGCAGGGAUGGUGGAGAAGCUUUUGCAGCCGGUGGAUGAAGGGUUGAAUGAGCACAAGAGGCAGCAGCUCAGGGAAUUGGCUGCUCUGAAUGGGACAAUAAAGGAGGAUGAGUAUUGUAGGUUGUGUGGUGAGCAAGGGCAUCGGCAGUUUGCAUGUCCUGCUCGGAUGUCAACAUUCAAGAGUGAUGUGCUGUGUAAGAUUUGUGGAGACGGUGGGCAUCCGACAAUUGAUUGUCCUCUAAAAGGGACAGCAGGUAAAAAAAUGGAUGACGAGUAUCAAAAUUUCUUAGCAGAAUUAGGUGGCACCAUUCCAGAAUCUGUUACUAAGCAAAGUACGGCAUUGCCUAUUAUGGGUUCAAAUAUUUCAGGAAGUAAUCCCCCUUGGGCAUGUGGUAACAGUAAUGGGAGUUCGUUGCAUCCUGGACUUGGGAGCACUGUAGCUAAGAUUGGAAAAGAAAUUGAUGAUACAAAUCUGUAUAUUGGAUACCUGCCACCAACUUUCGAUGAUGAUGCUCUGAUACAAUUGUUUUCUCCUUUUGGUGAUAUAGUAAUGGCUAAGGUUAUCAAGGAUAGAGUGACUGGAUUGAGUAAAGGUUAUGGUUUUGUUAAGUAUUCUGAUGUUUCUCAGGCCAAUCAGGCCAUUGCUAGCAUGAACGGUCAUCAUUUGGAGGGGAGAAUGAUAGCAGCACGAGUGGCUGGUAAGCCCCCCCAACCAGCUGUAAACCCUGUAGCUCCUGCUCCAACAGUGCCCAGCUAUCCUGGUCACAAUCAAAAAGUUAAUGGAUACCCAUCAGGUCAAAAUGGACCAGGUGGCCCUUUUGGAAGUGCACCACCUGCAAGUUACAUGGGUCCUUCUGUUCGAUGGGGACCACCUGCUCCUCCUCCAUAUGCUUCUUAUGCCCCUCCUCCUCCUCCUCCUCCUGGGUCAAAUAUGUACACCCUUGUCCAAGGUCAGCCUAUGCCCCAUUAUGGUGUACCAUAUCCCCCACUGGCACAAACAGCUGCCUCUGGUGCCCUACAGCUGAACAUGCCUUCUGGUGAAGCCCAGCAAAGCUACCCCCCUGGAGUGCAAACUCAGAAUAACACAUCUGCACUAUCUGCAGCUUCUGAUAUUUAUGGAAGCACAACAACUGCAAUGCCACCAUAUUUGCACACUGCAUAUCCCCCAGCUUCGCUGGGUUAUCCUUCUUAUUAUGCUGCAGCUCCUCCACCCCCGGCUGUAUCUUAUUCAAUGGUGGACCAACAGAGUUUUGCAAGUGCACCAUGGGCUUCAAACCAACCAGGGCCUCCUGCAGACCAAAGUCAGCAGAAUAGUUCUGGUGCAGAUUCCGAUUAUGAAAAGUUCAUGGUAGAAAUGAAAUAAAACGAAUUUUGUCUUGAAAGUAAGUAUGCAACUCCUCCCCCCCCAAAAAAAAAAAAUAAAAUAAAAUAAAAAUAAAAAAAUAAAAAAUUGGUGCCCUUUGAUUUGGUUGAAUGCAAUUUAUAGUUAUUUGUUGUGGUCUAAGUUUUUAAACAUAUGUCCUUUUUUCGGUAUAGGAAAAAUCAUUAAUUGUAUAUUUGUGACUUCACCCAACCUGGCUAGGAAGAUCUGCUGUAGAUGUAUCCAAUGAAUGAGUCAUUUAUCCCCCGAGCAUUUUGUGCCGAUCUUCCUGUGGGGCAUUAAAUUAAAUGAUAGGCAAACGAACCUUCAUAUCUGUGAUUUGGAAAAUGAGUGCUAACAUAUGGAAAGGAAGGAUAUAACUUACCAGAAUUUUUUUUUCAAUAUUGUGAAUGAUUCUUAUGUUACAUUGUUUAAAAUGCCUGUUCAUUUGUUAUUGUGAUCAAUAGCAAUCAUGUUUACUUCUCGCAUGCUGAUGUUGUUGUAAACUAGUGUUUGGUUGAUCAAAACAGACCGCUGGUCGCCUUGGCAGAGUUGAUAUCUCGACAACAAAAUGUUGCUAUAAAUUUUGUAUUCCAACUUUUUCAGAUUUAAAUAAAAUGGCUUAGGUUUACAAUAGUUUCAAUAUCAUCGUUCCAUCCUUCACUCAUUUUGUUUGAUGUUUUCUUUUUGGGUGUGUGUGUGUUUGGGCAAGUUGGAUUAAAAAUAUCUAUUCUUUUUCCUUUCGAGUGUCUUACGUAAAAUAGCCUCUGAAUUGCUAGAGGUAAAGAUGCAAGUACAAUUAUGCAGGGAGCUGCAAAAGCUGCAUGGAUGUAUACAUAUAUAUGUCAGUGUUACCAGUCAUUUCCACUUACUAUGCAACCUACAUUAUUCUUAUCUAUACAGUUUGUUAACUUUUUUGUUCAUGGUCAUACUCUUUGGCAGGCAUGAUGUUUCUUGGAGCUCUUAUCCGCAUUUUUUUCUUACUCUUACUAAGGGUUCAACUUCUUGGAAGUUUCAGACUCACCCCUUUACUCUUGCUGUGCUGUUAUUACAAUUGCAGAGACAUCUUAGCCAAAUUCAGUUUGUUGUUCCCUGCAAUGGGAAUUUUUUAAUGGUGAUUAUGCUACUGUUUACUUCAACUGCAUAUGGACUUCAUUUCGUGAUUUCCCUUUGAGAGUAUCUUGAUACUUAUAAUUUUCUUCCAUUGUUUAAACUUUCUUGAUUAACUUGUUAGUUGUUGCUAAUUGUUUUGUGCUAUUAUGUUUAUUUCAUACAAUUUGUCGUGACAGUUAUGUAUUUUUUUCUUACUUUGCUUAAUUUGUAUUUUCUUUUCAAUUUAACUCUGCACGCUUUGUGAGGCAUUGAUAUACAUUGAAAUUUAUCUUUCUGGAGCCUGGCUGAUGUGAGCUCCAUGCAUCUGGAGAUUGGAAGGUGGCAUGCAUUAAUUAAUGAAGCAUGGGUAUGUGCAAGUUGUUUAUGCUCACAGCUUUAAUUUUCGUGUAUCUUGAUUCUUUCAAUUCCAUAUGUUAGCCUAAGGUGCAUUUUCAGCUUUUGUUUGCAGGUCAGUGGACACAUCACAUACUGUUGACCCUUGGCCCUUCUGUUAACAGACGUUGGCUGUCUAAUUUUUAUCUGUUGUUGUUUUACUGUUUCUUUCAACUUCUUAUGAUUAUUUUCUCGCAAGAGUGGUCAAUUUUGCCUACUUUUUUGGUCCUGUUGUGGAGACUUUGUGCUUAUGCCAUAUAGAUUUUUUUUUUCUUUUGUAUUUUUUUUUUUUU